AUGGAAGAGCAGAAGAAGAGACGAACGGAGGAGGGGAAGAAAUCGAACAGCGUGGUGGAGAGCACCUCGCCCUACCCCCUGAGGAGGAAAAGUAGCGCAGGGUCGGUGAAUUCGCAAAUCACAGAGACGAGGAAUAAACAGGGUGUCUACCCAAUUACGGAGGGUAACCUUAGAAUCCAGGAAGGAGAAGACAAAAACACCAAAGUAAAGGAGAUUCUAAAAAAGUACGUGAGUAAUGUUUUUGAAAAUGAAGACACCUUAUACAUUUACUGCAAGUACGUCAUGCUGCACUAUGGGAAGGAUCUAAUAAAUGCAGACCAAAUGGAUUCCCUAAACUUUCAGAUGAUCAACGGUGGAAUUACAAACAUCCUAGUGAAAGUGAAAGACACCUCGACGCAAAGUCAAUACCUGAUAAGACUCUACGGACCAAAAACGGAUAUAAUUAUUAACAGGGAGAGGGAAAAGAAAAUCUCCUGCAUUUUGUACGAUAAAAAUAUAUCCAAAAAAAUAUAUGUCUUCUUUCCAAACGGGAGAAUUGAAGAAUUCAUGGAUGGCUAUGCCUUAUCCAGGGAGGACAUAAAAAGUCCAAAUUUUCAGAAACUCAUUGCAAGGAAUCUCAAGCUUUUACAUGACAUUAACCUGAACGAUAGUUUGUAUAAGGAGCUGCAGGUAACGCAGAACGUCCCUGGAACGAGACCAUCCUUCUUGUGGAACACCAUCUGGAAGUACUUUAAUUUGCUGAAUGAAGAACGGAAGAAAAGUUGUUCCUUCGAUUCUAAGGCUAAUAUUUUAAAACUUAUCGACUUUGACAUGCUGCGGGAUAGCAUAAUUGAGGUGGAGAAGCUAUGCAAAGCGGAAAACUCACCCAUUGUACUUUGCCACUGUGAUUUGCUUUCCUCCAACAUAAUCAACACGGUGGAAACGGUUGACUCGCUUGGUGAUCCUUACAACGGGAACAAUGAUGGUGUUACCACCCCUGCGAACGACGGGGAAAAUAUCUCCUUCAUCGACUUCGAGUACUCCUGCCCCAUGGAGCGUGCCUAUGACAUAGCCAACCAUUUUAACGAAUACGCUGGGUUUAACUGCGAAUGGGACUUAAUUCCAUCCAAGGAGGAGGAGUAUUAUUUUAUAAAACAUUACCUAGGAACAGAGGAUGAGGAAUUAAUUAAUCAGCUGAUUAAGGAAGUACAACCGUUUUACGUCUGCUCGCAUAUCAACUGGGGUCUGUGGUCCCUCCUCCAAGGCAUGCACUCGUCCAUUGACUUUGACUUCAUGAACUACGGCAUGACUCGCCUUACUGCAUCCUGUCUGCCCAUUUUCAGAUCCAAGGUGUCCAAAAAGGAGGAGUAA